GCCACGUCUUAUACACAGCUACCAGCAGCAUCAACGUAGUCACAUUAUUAGCACUUUACCAGACUUACUGUUGGCAGGACAGAGAGUUAUCCGGCGGCCCAACUGGCACUGAUAUCUGACACAAUCCGAGGGGAUAAUAUGGGCUGUGUACGUCUGCUGGCGCUGACACUGGCCACAUCUGCAGUACUGCUGUUCGCCUCCCGUUCAACCUUCGCUCACAGCCACUCGCAUGGUGACCAUGGACAUGGCCACCAUCACCACGGCCACUCCCACGGAGAAGAGGAUCACCAUGGACACUCUCAUGGCCCUCAGGUGAAGAUGUUCCACGGGGCGAGCAAGUGGAGCGCCGAGGCCAACCUCCCAACGGCUGAAGAGGAGCACCAUGGACACGCCCACGCUCAUGAUCACGGGCACGCUCACGAUCAUGAUCACGGGCAUGCUCACGCUCAUGAUCAUGGGCACGUACACGCUCAUGAUCACGGGCACGCUCAUGAUCAUGAUCACGGGCACGCUCACGCUCAUGAUCACGGGCACGCUCAUGAUCAUGAUCACGGGCACGCUCAUGAUCACGGGCACGCUCACAAUCAUGAUCACGGACACGGGCACGCUCAUCAUGAGGAUGUUGUUCGAGUGCACAAGGAGGAGAGUGGGCAUGGGCACACGCACGGAGGGGAGAGAGUGAAGAGGGAGGCAGAGGGAGAGAAGAGGGACAUGGUGGAGCUCUGGACGCAGGCUAUCGGAGCGACUCUGCUGAUCAGCGCGGCUCCUUUCCUCAUCCUGUUUCUGAUCCCAGUCCAGUCCAACAGCGACCAGCACCAGAACCUGCUCAAGGUGCUGCUCAGCUUUGCCUCCGGCGGACUGCUGGGCGACGCCUUCCUCCACCUCAUACCACACGCUCUGGAGCCCCACUCUCAUCAUGGAGAGGACGAUCACGGACACUCGCAUGAAAGUGAAGAGUCGCAAGACCACGGCCACUCCCACGGAGCUGCUCACGGUCACAUGAUGUCAGUGGGUCUGUGGGUCCUCGGCGGGAUCAUCGCCUUCCUGGUUGUAGAGAAAUUUGUGCGUCUGGUGAAGGGAGGGCACGGCCAUGGACAUUCCCACGGCCACUCACAUGCUGCUGCCAAGGAAAAGGACAGUGAUGGAGAGGAAGAAAAGGAAAACAAGACAAAGGAUAAAGGAAGCAAAGACAAGAAAGUGCCAAAGAAAGAAGAGAAACAAAGCUCAGACAUCAAGGUGUCAGGUUACCUGAACCUGGCAGCGGACUUCACACACAAUUUUACUGACGGCCUGGCAAUCGGAGCUUCCUUCCUGGUCGGUCCGGCAGUGGGCGCCGUCACCACCCUCACCAUCCUGCUGCACGAGGUCCCGCACGAGAUCGGAGACUUUGCCAUCCUUGUCCAGUCUGGCUGCACCAAGAAAAAGGCCAUGUGUCUACAGCUGCUGACGGCCUUGGGAGCCCUGGCUGGCACAGCUUGCUCCCUAUUGGCAGAAGGCGUGGGCGCCGCAGCGACCGCCUGGAUCCUGCCCUUCACGGCCGGCGGGUUUGUUUACAUCGCCACGGUGACCGUGCUCCCGGAGCUGCUUGCGGGCCGCGCCAGCUUCGGCCAGUCCCUGAUGGAGAUUCUGGCCCUGCUGUUCGGAGUCGGCAUGAUGGUGCUGAUCGCCGAGUACGAGUGAGACGCAGCAGAGGAGACAGAGACAAGAGAGGGAACAGGUUAAAAAAGGUGGUUUUAAAGUAGAGUUCAAGUGGAAUAUUUUUGUCAGGGGUGUGUUUUCUUGUUUUUUUUUUGUUUUUUUUAAUGUGUUCUAUUUUGGGACAAACACCACCCACUUAUGGCAAACGGAUGAUUUUUGUUGUCUUGUGUGUUUUAGCAGUUCACAGUCACAUCCCUGAUUUGUGUUACAAUUUGUUUUUGAGAGGAAAAGUGUCGGCUCGGUGGAGCGGUGGAGACUUGAGAGCUGGAAAGAAACAAACUGAUGGAGGCGUUUUUGAGGACUGCUGUGUUGUUCACCGAGGGCCUCCAUCAGGACACGAGGUGAAAUCUUUCUGUCCACCCGUCCCAAAACUUCACUCGCAACCUUCACUACACGGAUCACCUGCAGCUUACACUGACAGUUGCUAACCUCCAAAAGUGGCUUCAAGUAAAUCAGUUUUGCAGCCAUAAAUCUUUCUGUCAUUAGAGUGGUGGUCUUCUAGUGGCUGGUCCUUAAAUCUACAUUUGAGAGUCGGGUCAGUGAAACGGCAGAGAAAGCUCAGUGGACUGGCUCAGUUGUUCUCACUACAGCCACCUGCUCAGUGAAACGUGUUUCAUGUCUGUUUUGUUAUGAAGAUACUGAAUGUUAAUAUUUUUACAUUCCACAAAAUAAAAGUAAAUGUUGUGGCUUCUACAGAUGUGCUCAACAUGGCAUCAUGUUAAUGCUCUUGUUUUAUCAAAGGAAGACUUAAAGGUCCCAUAUUGUAGAAAGUGAAUUGUCCAUGUCUUUCUUGAUUAUAGAGCAGGUCUAGGUUCUGUAUUAAUAAUGUAAAAGUAUCAGUGUGAAAGUGUGAAAUCCAUGGACAAGAUGCA